AUGGUCAAGCGGAAAGAGCUCGGUGAUGUCACCAUGGGUGGCACCAAGCCCGACGACGAGUCGUCCGACGAGGAUAUGGAUAUGGUCAAUGUCGACUUCGAAUGGUUUGACCCGCAGCCUAUCGAUUUCCACGGCCUGAAGAACCUUCUGCGCCAGCUCUUCGACAAUGAUGCUCAGCUCUUCGACAUGUCCGCACUGGCCGAUUUGAUUCUCUCCCAACCGACCCUGGGAUCAACCGUGAAGACUGAUGGACAUGAAUCAGACCCCUAUGCGUUCUUGACUAUUCUCAACCUGCAAGAACACAAGGAUAAACCCGUCAUCCAGAACCUGAUCAACUACCUCAAGACCAAAACUGCCUCCAACCCGUCCCUCGCUCCCGCUGCCCAGCUUCUUUCCCAAACUCCCAUCCCUCCCAUCGGCCUGAUCCUGACCGAGCGGUUGAUCAAUAUGCCUUCCGAGAUCGUUCCUCCCAUGUACAACAUGCUCCAGGAAGAGAUCGCCUGGGCUGUUGAGGACAAGGAACCCUACAGCUUCACGCACUACCUGGUUGUCUCAAAGAACUACGAAGAGAUCGAAUCCAAGCUCGAUCAGGAAGAGUCGCGGCCUCAAAAGAAGAAGAAGAAGGGUGGUGAGCAGGCCGAGCGCUUCUUCUUCCACCCCGAAGACGAGGUGGUGGAGCGCCAUGCGCUAUGCUCUGGCACCAUUGAGUAUACCCACAAGGCUGAUGAUGGCCACUCAGACUCCAAGCGUGCCUUCCAGGAGUUGGGUAUCCGUACCAAGGGUAGCUUGAUUCUGAUCGAAGCGGCUAAGUUUGAGCCCAUGGUUAAGGCUCUCACUGAAUACAUGUCAUAG